ACUGGCGCGCGCCAGGGCCAAUCCAAGAUGGCCGUGCUAGCGGUGCACCUCCAGUCGGACGCCUUCUUGGUGGCCCUCAACCAUGCCCUGAGCACCGAAAAGGAGGAGGUCAUGGGCCUGUGCCUCGGCGAGGUUGACACCUCCAAGAUUGUCCACAUUCUCUCUGUCAUCGUCCUACGACGGUCAGAUAAAAGGAAGGAUCGAGUGGAGAUUUCUCCAGAGCAGCUUUCUGCUGCUUCUCUGGAAGCAGAAAGAUUGGCUGAGGUGACUGGUCGUCCUAUGCGUGUUGUGGGCUGGUAUCAUUCUCAUCCCCACAUCACUGUGUGGCCAUCCCACGUUGAUAUUCGCACUCAGGCCAUGUACCAGAUGAUGGAUGAAAGCUUUGUGGGACUGAUUUUCUCCUGCUUCGUUGAAGACAAAAACACCAAGACUGGCCGGAUCCUCUACACUUGCUUCCAGUCUACCCAGGCGCAGAAGGGCUCAGAAUAUGAGAGAGUUGAUGUCCCUCUCCACGUUGUGCCUCAAGAAACCAUGGGGAAAGCGUCCCUGGAAGCCGCCAUAGAACUGCCCAGGAUUCUGUGCCAGGAGGAACAAGAUGCUUACCGGAAAAUCCACAGCCUCACCCAUCUGGAUGCAGUGACCAAGAUUCACAAUGGCUCUGUGUUCACCAAGAACUUGUGCAACCAGAUGUCGGCCAUCAGCGGCCCCCUCAUGCAGUGGCUGGAGGACAGGCGGGAUUACAACCGGAAGCUUCUGGUGGAAUUAGAGGAGGAGAAGAAAGCCCUAGAGGAGGAGCUGGCCAGGCUGGAAUGAGGCCGCUGGCAGCGUGGCACAGCAGAGGCAGAGGCAGAAGUAAUGCCCUGGAUAACUAAAUAAAUAAACCAAUAAAUUUGCAUGGAAGAA